UUCACUGUCUCACACAUUGGCCAUUUCUCCCUGUUGAAACCACAACACGAAAAAUGAAACCAAAACUUGGUUUCUCUGUGGCACUUGCUAUUCCAUUUCGAAUAUGUAAUAAGCAAUUCAUUUCGCAUAUAUGUAAACCACUUUCAAUCUCUCCAUCUCAGAAUAUCCCUGUGUUGAAGAAAAAAACCUUUCACUCUACUAGUAUCAGUUGUUCUGCCAAACAAAUGGAACAAGUUUCCAAGGUGGGUAAGAAACGAAGCGGAAACCUUUUACGUGGAAAGGUAUUUGUUGUUAGAGAUAAUAUCGAUACCGAUCAGAUUAUUCCUGCAGAGUUUCUUACUUUGGUUCCUUCCGUUCCUGAGGAAUAUGAGAAACUAGGAAGUUAUGCCUUGGUUGGAUUACCAGAAAAGGAGUAUCCUAUACGCUUUAUUGAAAAGAAUCAACUACAUACUACAUAUACUAUCAUCAUUGCUGGGAACAACUUUGGUUGCGGUUCUUCAAGAGAGCACGCACCUAUAGCUUUAGGAGCUGCUGGAGCAGUUGCGGUAGUUGCCAAGUCUUAUGCCAGAAUAUUCUUUCGCAAUUGCUCUGCAACUGGUGAACUUUAUCCUUGGGAGUCUAAGGAAUAUUUGGUGAAUCAUUUUCAUACGGGAGAAGAAGCAGAAAUUGACUUUGGUCGAAAUAUGAUUCGAAACUUGUCUUCAAAGGAAGAAUUUGAGUUGGAACCUUUAGGUGAUGUUCUUCCUGUUAUAGAUGCUGGUGGUUUAUUUGAAUAUGCUCGUCAAAGUGGAAUGAUUCCCAAACAGUCUUAAAUAGAGCGUUGGCUAAUUCACAUUCCCAACAUUCAAUAAAUGAAUCCUUCACGUUGGACUUUUGUU